GUUUGAAAAUGAAUUGUAUAAAAGCCGACGGCCGAGUACGGUAGAGCACAAAUCAACUUGUCUCUGCAAACAGUCAGAAAACCCAAAAAUCAAACAUGAACAAGCUCGUCGCCGUCAUCGCCUUGUGCUGCCUUGCCAACAUCACUUUUGCAUCCAAGUUUGCCCGUGAAGAAGGAGCCGAAGGCGGUUCAUCUCCCGGCGGCAUGCCCGACGUGAGCAACUUCGUGAGCCAAUUCCAGGGCAUCAUGGAACAAGUGCAGGCUGGCGGCAGCGGAGGCGGCGCUGAAAACGAGGAAGGUUCCUCCGGAGGCGGCGGCAUGUUCGGUUUGUUGGGAGCCAUGCCCUCAGGGAUGCCCGAGCUGCCCGCUGGCAUGCCCUCCGGAAUGCCUGAAUUGCCCGCCGGCAUGCCCUCCGGAAUGCCCGAGCUGCCCGCAGGCAUGCCCUCUGGUUUGCCCGGCAUGGGAGGCGGCGAAUAAGAACAAGUCUUUUCAAUUCACCCUGACAUUCACGACCUGGCAAUGCUGAUGAUACCAAUCUUAACCAGUCAUGUAAUAAUUAAAUAAAAUAAGCACUAUUUCAAC